CCCCCCCCCAGGAUAUUCAUCUGGAACCCCCAGCAUGGCCCAGUGAGUGCAGGUCGCCGGCCCCCAGCUGCCCCCGCUCCCUCCCACCUCUCACCUCUCCAGGUGGCUCCCGCUGCUGUCGGCCUCCGCCUAUCCCGGGGCGGGACGCGUCUGGACGCGUGUCAAGUGCGAGACGGGAAGCGAGGACUCAUGGCCGUGGAGGAGGGUGGCGGAGCGCUGUUGGGCCAUGAGGUGCGGGCUCCUUGUGCUGUCUGAGGACCCCAGCGCAAGGUCUCAGCGCAAGCACCGACCGUCCUGCCACAGUGAUGACCCAGCUACCAGUGCGUGCCUCAUCGCUGACGCGGGGCGGUGCUGGCGGGCGGCUCACGGGCGGUGACGAUGAGCAAUCGCUGCAGGCGUGACCUCGCAUCGUACAUCCACGAGCAUGACGGCAGCGGCGGCGGCGGCGGCGCGGACGAGGCGCAAUGGCGCGCGGAGGUGCUGUGCCAACGCUGCUCGUCAACGGACGUACGGCGAGUGGAGCACGUGGAGCACGCGGGGCGCAUGGAGCAUGCAGCAGCAAGAGACGCCAAUGUCUGUCGGGAGGCAGCGGCGCACACGCAGGUGUCAAGCUCCGAGCGGGAGAGGGAACGGUGCGACUGCUGCAGGGCCCAGGGGAGGGCCGCUGGCCAUGGUGGAGACGCCAUACGUGGCCCAAUGUCCCCAGAGAAACACCGAGCGCCGGAGCGAGUGAGGAGGAACAGCCGUGGGGAAGGGACACAUGGUGGUCUAUGCAGGAAUAAGCCGGCCGGCCCCAAGAGCAACCCUACCAUCGGAAUUGCCUACCCGCAACAGAAGGCUGUUCCACACAGGAGGGCCCCAGGGCCGCGGCCGCCCGUCAAUGGGAGCUACCGCUUCCACGUGCCCCGCAUCCCCGAGCGUGAAGCCGAGCUGCAGAAGGAGGACAUUGGCCACCGGCAGCGCGGGGAGGCACCGCACUUCCAUGCCCGGCCGCCUGUGGGAAAGUGCCCGCCGCUGCCCACGCGUACGGCUCAGCAGCAGCAGCAGCAGCACGAUGCAAGCCCGCAGGUCUUCCCGGAUGGGCGGAUGCAGGGCGGUGCCUUCCGUGAGGAGCUGGGUCCUGUCGCUCACAUCCCGCACUUCCACCGCAGCGCGACUGCCGCCACUCCCUGGGGGUUCGCAAGCGCUGGAGGGGAAGCGGCAUCAUCUGACGAGGGCAACCUGCUCCUCAGCGGCGUCGAAGCCUCGCUCCUCGCACAGUCGCUGCAGGCGGUGUGCGGGCAGCAGCGGCCACUCCCGCGUGACUCACCGCCCGAGCCGCUCGCGCAGGGACCCUACUCGCUACAGCCGCCACCGCGCUUCUGCCACAGAGAGCACUCCGUGCACAGGCUGCCCUACGGCGAGAUGCACUCUGUGCCUUUCCCGUGCACCGCGCAGCUCCCCGUCAAACACUUUCCUCUGCCCCUAUUACAGCAAUCCACGCUGUGCCACCAUGGGCCAAUAGCACCCUGGGUGGAGCGCACGCACCCAUCUGCCCCGUUCAGCCCCAUGGAGCCCUCGGAUGACGAGUCGUCUGGCCCUGCGCAGGCAGCGCCCUUCGGCUUCCAGGGUCCAUGCUUGCCGACAUUCGACGGCAGCGCUACCUCCGACUGCGGCUUCUUGAUUCAGAAGCACGGCAGCCUGAAGCAAAUGCCGGCCGGCUUCUCCACUGGCAAUGCGGCUGAGCAAGUGGCCAGUGAUGGCGUGAAUGGCACGGACACAUUCCUUCUGCCUCCGUGGGAGCUGCAGGAGGCGCCGUUGCUGUGCGUGGAGGCUGACAAGGGACUACCAUUCCUGUGCGGGCAGGAGCCUCGCUUGGACCAGCUGACACAUGGCACCGUUCCCAAGAACAACAGCAGCAUUAGUGGCAGCAGCGUGGGUCAUCAGGAGCAGCACAUGUCCCUGGGCCCGGUUCCACUGGGCCUGGCCAAGCUGCCCUGGCAGCAGAUCUACCACGCGCCCAUCACGACAAACCAGAACCGGAUUGAACUGUCGCGCCAGCUGAGCAAGCAGCACCUGGUGAUGUCGGCAUUGGCACCGCACGGCAAGGACUGCGCAGACAGGAAACGCCCACUACUCCCUUUGGAUGAGGUCUCAGCCUGGAGAUGUGAGGCAGUUGAGGGCUACUCCGGGGCCCCGCAGGGCCCUGUGCCCACAUUUCCUCCCCAUGAGAGCCAGGAGCCGAGGAUUCCGGGUGUCUUCUCUUUGCCGCAAGCUUUCUUCGGUGCUCACGUCAGCAGAGGGAAGGCAACACCUGUACCCAUUCGUGCGGCGAGCAUGGCCGCUUCCCUGCAGAUGUCGCCGUCCUGCGCAAGUCCUGGAGGGCCCUGGUUGGGACGGGCGCGCGCAGGGCCCUGGGGCUGUGAGGGGGGCAUGCCACCGAGUGACGCGGGACUCGACUUGCCGGCGCCAGGUGAACGACAGUCUCAGCUGGACGCCGCGGGGCAACUUUUGCAGGAUUCACUGUGCAGGGUCAUGGGAAUGCAUGUGGCUGCGCAAAACCAGCAGAGCUUCCUUAACUCCCUCAAUGGUGCCAGCUUGGACGGUCUGGACGUGUUCUUGACGUGCCGGCAGUGUGACAAGAACUUCGUCGACGUGGCAUCGCUGCUGCAGCACCGGCAGACAUGCAGUGUGCCGACUGGGCCAAGUGCCGCUCUGCUGGAAAGCAUGACCUCCUCGAUCGGCAGCAGCUCCUGUCGCUCAGCAAUGCAGCAGCCUGUGUCAACGCAGCUUCCCGAAGGCGGAGGUGCGAGAAGCUUCGAGUGCAGCACGAGGGCCUCCUCCUCCUCCGUCUGCGCCGAGAAUAUCCCGGCAAAAGCCAACAAGGACGAGCUCUCGGUCAACCUGAGCCAGCUGGCCACAGCUCCGGGCCACCUCGCUCACACGACGGAUUUGGACAUGGACGACGCGGCCCGGCUCGACAGCCUGAUCAUCGAGACGCUCAACGGGCUGGGCUACCACACGGACGAUGGUGAGCUGGACAGCAGCUUCAUUGAGGCGUUCACAGACGAAGAUGCGCUUGUGCCACGUCGUGCCGGUGACGUCGCAGCGACAGCUGCGUUGCCACAACCUCCAGAGAGCACAGCGAAGGUGGCCACGCGGGACAGCGACGUCGGGAAGGGACACGAGGAGACGGCGCCCACGGCGACCGCGGGGCGAGGCAGAGCCAGUCGACACCGGGGUAGGCGCGGGCGAGGCAAGGAUAUGCGGCAGCUGUACCACACCAGCAGGAGCAAGAAGAAGCAGCGAAGGGGACGGUGGGCAGCCCUGCCGGUCGGGAAGCGGAAUGGCUAUAACCUCAUGAUCACAACGCCUGUGACGUGCGUGCCCACAACAUCUGUCUGCUUGAGACAAGACGUCCUGGCACCAUCACCAGACAGCUCAAGUAGCCCCCUCCGGCCACACCAUACAUCCUCACACGAUGUUGUUGGUGUUACUGGUGGAGGUCUGGGAGAUGGCGCUCUUGAUGGGAACACGUGUGGAAAGGAUGGACUCAGUGCUGACAUGGUGGAACCAGAGUCCCUCAGCUCACGCCCAGAGAAGCCUCUGCCCUCCGUGUCCAAACCCAUUGCUCACAGGAGCACUAAACAUGUGGACGUGCUGAGCCGGAGGGGAGUGAGCGGCCGGCUAAACAAGGAGCUCAUUCACAAAAUCGUGCUGCAGAAAAACAACUUCUAUAAAGUAAGAAUGAAGCCAUGGAGGUCGCCCCUCGACAAGUUGAAGCUCGUUUUAAACAUCCCAAAGUCCGUGGUGAAAGAUCAGCCACUCGGCGAGUAUGACUACAUAUCUGAUACAGACACGGAUCAUGAUCCCAUGGGAGCCAAGGGCAUAAAGAUCGACCUAAGAGAGGUGCCUUUGAAACAGCCGAUCGCACUAAGUGAGAGGUUGAACAUCGCCUCAAAUACACAAACCACCACAAAUUUCUCACCAGGGAAAAACAGACUCAAUUCUGAUACUGUGCAACAAUCGGAAUUUUUUGAGCACCAGAAAGAAUCACACGCCUGGAAGGAGCACCACGAUAAAGACACAGAGCUGGGCAUUGCCACUGAACAUUGUAAGCAUGACGGUGGCAGUCGUGCCAGUUCCGGUGAGGCGGCAGUGUCAAGGGAAGAGGAAUCUCAGCCAGGGAUGGAUAGGGGGUCCCUUGGCGGCAUAUGCAGCCCAGGGCUACAGGGGGGGGCCCGGUUCCAUGAGGGAGCUUCUCUACAGGCCCUCACCAGUCCCUGCUGGAGACUGGAGGAUCGUGAGAGGUGGAGCGAUGCCAUGAGCUGUGAGUCAGGGAGCAGCAGAGAUGACCCGACACAGAACUGGGAACCCGGCGCUCAGCACUCGGACUCAACCAGGCCCCUGCAGCAUCCGUUGCCGGCAGUCUCUCCUGGCGCCAGCCACUCACUGGCAAGUACUGCCCUCGAGGUAUUUGAUUUGGGUGGCAGCGCCAGCCCUCAGCUGCCCUUCCCGUCGGGCGGCCACCUGGGCAAGACAGCGGCUCACUUUGACGCAGAGGACAUCCUGGAGGCACUGCAGCUCAGCGAGCUGGGCGAGCGGUCGCGGUGUGAACCAAUCGAGGCCAGCGGAGUGGCACAUGCCACUGACAUCGGUCAGGAUGGCAGCGCGGCCCACGUGGACAAUCUGAGCACCACGGAUGCCAUGGAGAAGGAGUGGUCCUUCCUAGACGAGAUGAGCAGUAUUUUCUCAGGGAAUUUUGACCUCAACCAAGAGCUGAACUCGAAUCUAACGCAGCCACUGCUGAGUCACGGUGGAAAGCUGUCACUGAAUAUGGAAAGUAAUUUCGAAGAGCAGACAGACAUCGGCUCUACAGAAUUUCACAUGACAGAGACGUUUCACACUCCGCCUUUAGUCCAGGGUAGCAAGAUCAAGAACAUAAUGGACACCAUUACAAAUAUCACGGAUGUGGAACACCUUAAAAACACAGCUUUGCACAAUGACACUUGCAUCUGCACUUCAGAGAGCAGCAACAGCAGUAGCAACAGAAGCAGCCUCGGUGAAGGACAGCCAGCCGAGUGUAGGAGAGGAAAAGCACAGUCGUCCGAGUCUGUUGUGGCAGUGCCGAGUGAUGCCAAGACAAAGCCCAUCAGCUUUCUGUCGCCAGUGCUGCACUGUGACUUCUGGACAGGCGACUUCCACCCAUUCAGCCCUUGCUUCGAUGAAGCACCAUCGCCGUCCCCGGACUCCCGUGCGCUCACCGUGCUCGAGCGCUAUCUGCCCUGCAACAACAGCACAAGCGAAAGUGGUGCUCUAACCAUGUCCCCAGAGACCCGGAGCAUUGCACCAGGGCUGAUGAUGAGGACGACGACAACAAUGCCACUUGGAGCGAAGUUGCCACAGGUUGAAUUGGGGCAGCUUGCUUUGCAAGCUCCCGAGGACACGAAUUUCCUCCCAUCAGCUCCACUAAGCGUCCUGGCUGCACUGUGUCACUCGGAUGAAGAUGCUUCAGCAAUGGUCGCCCCCUGCGGCAUGCUGAGACUGUCAGACUCUGAAAAACUAGAGCUUUCACAGAAUGGUAAUGUUACUGUGUGCAAAUACACGGGGUCUCUAACAGCUGAGCAGGAAGCAGGAAGCAUUUCACUGGGACUGGUAAAGAACUUGGAAUGCGAUGAGGUCCACACACAGCCUGCAGUUACUUGUGAUGAAGCUAAAUGUUUCUCUGAAAACGUCACACUGAAUGGAGUCCCUGAACUCUGUGAUGAAAGCCCUGAAGCUGCAGUAGCAUGCAUCAAGGAGAAGGCCAUGGUAGAUUUAAGUUCAGCGCAGGGUGACCCACCCAUCUGUUCAGAGUUGGAACCCAGGGACUCACCUUACUUUCCUACAGAUGGAGCACCUGGAGUUGGAAUACAUUCGUCCAAGUGCCAGAUGCCCAUGAAUCCUGCCGUGGGCCUUCACGACGUUCUCUACUCCCCUAUUUCCCCUGACAGCUUCAUCUUCAGUGACGCGGCGAGUUGUGAUGGUGGCUCUGAAACUGACAUUGUGAGCAGUGCUGAGUGCGGUGGAUUUGCAGGUGGAGCCUCUGCCAGGGAGGACAUGAAACCAGUUUGCAGAAGCCUUGUGCAGAUUAAUGAAGAUCUCCACGUGAAAUCUCUCCUGGACUCUUCUACACUUGAGCACAGCCCAAAAGCAGAUCCGGAAAUAGAGCUCAUGGACAGCAUAGUUAAAUCUGUUGAAUCAAGUUAUGCAAUAACAAAAGAGAAUGUUGAAGCAGUUGGUGAGUGUAUAAUUGAGUCUACAAAGCCUCCAGAAAUUAAAAGACCAAAGGCCACAUGUGAAGGUUUACUCUUUGCAAGCGAGCACAUCUCUUUGGGUCAUAGGAGCUGCAAUUUCUCAGCCACAACAGUUGCAGAGAGUGUCAUGACCUCUUCUCGUGCUUCUCCGCACUCCUCCAGUGGUGACCCCUGCCCUGACGAGCCUCAGCAGCAGCAGCCACAAGCAACUGGGGGAAACAGAUGUCAUCUCACCAAUGCUACCGAGUCGCCUCGUAGAAGGAGAAACUCAUGCCCCAGUGAAGGAGCGAUGGGUCAGCAGCUGCGCUUCGCAAAAGAAAAUGGAGAAUGUAUCACCUCUCAGUCUGAUGCUGUCCCACUGAAUAUUCUGCACUCAUCUCAAAAUGAAAGCAAACCUGAACGGGCAUUGAAAACCAAGGCAAUGAACUCUUCAGGUGAAACUUGCUUGGGGGAGCGUGGGAACCCAGAGGCUGUUUAUCUUCACGCUGAACCCCAUCGAGGCCUCCCUACCAAAUCUGCCGAGCUCCUGGUCACUGUAGUGGCCCACCAUGAACAAGAACUCAAUCGAACUGCUCAGCACUGGGGCUUGGGUGCCACGCGGCUCCAUGUGGAUGAGGAUAACAGCGCACAUCCGGUGGCCUUCACAACAAACCGAGGAUCACAACCAGUGGAGCUUGGUGACCGGUGCGAGGCCAUAGGAGAGCAGGGUGGCCCUUCGUGUUUGGGCUCCUCCUUGCUGGAGUUCACUGCUACAGGAGGAGGACGCGGAGGUUACGAAGGAGCCAGAGAUCACGGUGGAGCCAUCGUCAGUGGGAGCCAUGAGCUCCCUCGUUUAAACACGGAGCACACAGGUCCCGACCUUGAUCAGCCAGUCGCAGGUUCAGCCACCAAGAGAGAAAACCACUCUCUCGAUUACGAAGAUGCACAGACAGUGCCAUUGUUGGCGCUGAGUGACACAUUUGGGAAGUCACCUGCAGAUAUUGAGGUGAGAGCCCUGAGCAGUGGUGAACCUGAAGCUCUGGAAGAAGCACCACCACUCAAGAAGGGCACUCACUCCAGCCCUCCUGAUCCAGGGUCCAAGAUAAUGAGCCAUCCUUGUCCACAUUCGAUAACCCAGGCCCCCAGUUCCCCAAGCAUUGAGGUCAUCACGGGAUGGGGUCCAGAGGAGGCCUCCUCAUUGUGCAAUGUGUGCCAGGCUUCCUUCAGGUCCCGGGUGGGAUUAGUGCGGCACAAGGCCAUCAGACACAAUGCACAAGUGCAGCUUGAUGACAUCUCGCACGUGAAGGAGGAUGCAGUUGAGGGGACAGAAUCGGUGGUGGCAGAAUCAGCGGGGGCAGCACAGGAGGGAAUAUUGCAUCCUAACCUUUCCAUGCUCACACACAAUACCGACCUGCGCUGGCCACACAAGCAACCUGUGGCAGACAUUGACGGCUGCUCACGUCCCCAUAUAGCACAUCUAGAUUCAACCAUAACAACCACCAUCUCCCAGGUGUGCAACACAGACAUGGCCACGACUGUGAACAGUUCCCGACCAGUGCAACCCGAACUAUCGCUACCACAAUGUGGUUCUCUCAGCCCAUGCACACCGGUGGUGGAGAACACAACGCAGGCUUUUGUCGAGAGUUUGUUCCAAUUCAAUGAACUGGACCAUAUUCCUGCAGCUGCGACACAUGAGAGCUCAGGUACUGAGAUGGACGGUGCAGACAACAGCCCUAAAAGAGCUGGUGGUGUUGGUGAAUCCGUGAUGGACAGGCACCGGCUGCCGUCGCUGCUUGAUGGAGACGCAAUAAGAGAUCUGCAUGCACAAUCGGAUGCAGGUGCCGGAUUAGUGAAGAUGUGGGAACCCCGUGCACAACCCAGAGCGACAGAGGAGGAUGAAGAAGUGGGUGGACAGAGAACACCGGAGCCCCGAAGCCCCUUCUACAGCACCUCUGCUCCAAGGGUGAUGCCUGGCCCCUACGACCAGAAUAAAAGUGUGGAGGAUGAGGAGGACAAGGAGGAGGAGGAAAAUGAAGACACAGAACGACAGGAUAUGGCAUCACAUGGCAGUAGGGAGGAGCCGAUGGUGCUGGAGGAUCAUGGAGGGCGCAGCUUUGAUGCUGACCUUUACCAGGGCCCCUGCAGCCUGCAGGCUUCGCUACCCCUACAAGACUCUUAUCCUGGUUGCCCCAGCGUGGCUAUGUUUAGCGGGAUUCUGGAGGAGAGGGAGGAGAAUGGCAGCUGCAAUGGUAACAGACAUCCCGAAUGCAUUCCAGAGGUGGCGCCCAUGGAGAUGAUGGGCCAGUGUGAGUUGACCAAAAGCCCUAUGCUGGACCUACCCGAGGACCCCUUCAUCGAAGCCAUCGAGCGGCACCUGAGCACAGUGCGGGCGCACGCGGAUGCCCCCCGCGACGUCCCAAUGCGCGGCAUCGCCGAGCCGAGCGCCGAGGAACCGCACAUCUGUGACCUCUCCUCGGCCACGGCAGCCCACGGCGGCCGACGCUCACCGGCACUGGACGAACAGCUCCUGCCAUCCUUCGUGGAGGAACGUCGCCUCUUCUCGCCGUCUCCAUCCGACGCGUCCGAGGCUCUGGUGGAUGCGCACCUCCUGGCAGAGCCACUGCCACCGGGGUUCCUCGAGGGGGUCCUCCGGGAACUUGCCGACGAAAUCAAAACGAGUUCCCGGGGCCGGCACGAGCCGACCACGAGAAACCGCGACAAGCAGUACAAGUGUCGCGCAUGUUUCCAGUGGUUCCUCACGCUGGGCGAGCUGGACUUCCACAAGCUGUCACACAUCCCGGCGCCGCCCCCUACUUGCUACAUGUGCGUGCAGCGCAAAUUCAGCUCCCGCGAGCAGCUGCGCGAGCACCUGCGCGAGAAGCACUGCAAGCAAAGUCAGCAGCGGACGUGGAGCUGCGGCAUGUGCCUCAAGGAGCUGUCGGACAUGUGGAUGUACAACGAGCACCUGCGCGAGCACGCGGCACAGUUCUCCAAGAAGGGCCAGGUGCACAAGAUGGCGCUCAUGAUGGCCGCGUGCAACGACGAGUACGGCGCCCGCGACUCCGACAACGACGAGGAACGGGGCCCGAAGCCGCAGGCGCCGCCGCUGCCCGUGGGGGCCCUUCCCGAGCCGGUGGACGGAACCGGCGUGGACGCGGCAUCCGUCUCUCCUGGACAGGCCCCCAGUGGGGCGCGAGAGGGACUGGCAACGAAGGUCGCGACUGCGGGACCCGAACAGGGACCCGAACAGGGACCCGCGUGCGAGCUGGCGGCCGCGCGCAUCCCCGCCGGGGGGGUCCACCCCGACUGCAAGGACCCUUCGCGCGACUGCCACCACUGCGGCAAGCAGUUCCCGAAGCCCUUCAAGUUGCAGAGGCACCUGGUGGUGCACAGCCUGCAGCGUGCGCACGUGUGCCAGCUGUGUCCCGUCGUCUUCCUCGACGCGUCGGACCUGCGGGCGCACCUGGGCGCGGCUCACGGCGUGGACGAGGAGGAGGCCGAGGUGGUGCGCCACGUCACCAUCUACGACUGCGAACAGUGCGCCGACGUCAUGCACGUCAUCAAGAAGUCGUUCAUCUGCAGCGCGUGCAACUACACCUUCUCAAAGAAGGAGCAGUUCGACCGACACAUGGACAAGCACCUGACGGCUGGGGGAGCCGUCAGGGCCUUCCGCAGGGCCGUGAGGCCGCGGGAGUUGCCCCGUGCCAACACCAGCUCACGUGCACUGACCAUGGAUUGCGGCCCGCGACCGAAGAGGUGCAAACUGGGGGUGGACGAGGGCGAGACACCCGAGAUGUUUGCAGAGCGCAGGCGAAUGAUGUUCGGCGAGGAGCCUGAUGAAAUGGACGGAUAUGCUCAUGAGAACCCCAUGCACUCGGAAACGAUAGGGGCAGCCAACAUCUUCACGAUGUGUGUGGCGAGGUCUCAUGGCUUCCAAGCAAGGAUCUUCCCUUCUGAAGCACCUGCUGAUGAUGAUGAUGGAGAUGAUGAUGGAGAUGAUGAUGAUGAUGGUGGUGAUGAUGCUGAUGAUGAAGUUCUGCAAGGAAACAGCUGUUUCACUGUUCCUCAUUCCCCGCCUCCACCCCUCACCGAGGGCAAUGUGUGUGUGGAUGAGGUUCCCAUGUCCCGAGAAAGGGUGCUCCGAGGGGUCUCAAUCCCCGCGGGGGGGCCCGACUACAGCACCAGCACAGGGGGCACCAAUAACAGCAAUAACACGAGGGACACCAGCCACAGCAAUUGCACAGAGGGAAAUAAUAUCAGCAGGACAGGGGGCACAAUCAGCAGCACAGAGGGCACAAUCAGCAGCACAGAGGGCACAAUCAGCAGCACAGAGGGCACAAUCAGUUGCAGCAACAGUACGGCGAACGCCAAUAAUGGCACAAGCACGGGAGACGUCAGCCACAGCACCAGCACGAGGGAUGCCGAUAGCAGCAGUAACAGCGGCACAGAGAGCACGAUCACAGAGAGAACGAACAGCAGCAACAGCAAUAGCAGCACGAUCACCAGCAGCAGCAGCAGCAGCAGAGAUAUCACCAAUCACAGCACUAGCAUGGGGAGCACUAAUAACACCAGUGCCAGCACGGGGGCCACCAAUAACAGCACUGGUACCGGGGGAAAUGAAAGCAGUAGCAGCACGAGGGACACAAGACACAGCGCCAGCAGCAGCACCGAUACAGGGAGCGGCACCAACAACAGCUGCAGCAUGGGGAGUACCGACAGCUACAGCACCAGCACAUCAGGCUCCAGCUACAGCGACAACACUGGGGACACGAAUAGAAGAAACACAGCGGACACCAACAAUAGCAUCAGCAGAGGGAAUACAGAUUGCAACAGCAUGGGGGACACGAGCAAUGACGGUUGCAGCAGCACAUGGGGCACAAGAACCAGCGGUAGCACCAGUACAGGGUCUAUCAAGAAUAGCAUUAAUAACAGCAGCAUCGGCAUGGGCAUUACCGAUAACAGCAGUGAGACGAGGGGCAUCAGAAACAGCAGCACUAGUAUAGAGGGUUCCAGUGCACGGGGUACCAGGGCAGAAGGUAAUGGUGCAGAGGGUACUAGCAUGGGGGUUACCAGCGAUACCAACAUUUCAGAAAGCAUCAGCGAUAACAGCAGCAGCACACUGGGCAUCUCCGGCACGAGCGCGGAAGAGUCUCCCACAGGGGUUGGCACCACAGGGGUCGCCGUCAUGGGGCACACCAGCAGCAGCAGCAGCAACAGAACAGGGGACAACAUCACGGAGGGCACCAGCACGCUGGGCACCGGCACAGGGGACACUUUACCAGGGGACACCGGCCAGGGAGGCUCCUAUACUCUAACAGAGGGCACCAGCAAUAAUCGCAGCGCUGAAUGUACUUUCAUGAAGAACAUCAGUAGCAGCCACGGUACGGGAAGUAUUAGCAAGGGAGGUACUAUCACGUGGGGCGCCGCCGCCUGCAGCACCACCAGCAGCUACAACCGGAAGAGCUCGCCUGAUAAGCCACAGAGAGGCCCCAAGCGACCCUGUGACAGCGCUGGCCCCACCGGCGGUUGCAGGGAGGCACCCAGCAAGCGCCUCAAGGUGGCGGCAAGGGCCCCCAAGCCGGGCCACCCCAACCAGACAGUACCCCGUCAUGGACACCACCUGGGUCUCACCUGCGGUGGUGGGGGAGGAUAUGUCGGUGGAGUCGGUGGUGGAACUGGCAGCAGAGGUACUGGCGUUGGAAACGUCACCGUGAGUGGCAGUGGAAAUGGUGGUACUGGUGGCGGGAUUGGUGGAACUGGUGGGGGAAAUGUUGGUGGUGGAGUUUCUAGUGAAAAAGUUAACAUUGCUGGAGGUGGAAAUGCUGGUGGAACCGGUGGUGGAAAUAUCAGUGGAAAAAUUUACGGUGCUAGUUUUGGAAGUGGUGAUGGAGUGUCCGGCAGAAAGCUCAAUGGUGCGAGUGGCGGAAACGUCAGUGGAACUUUUAGUGGAACGUCCGCUGGAAAUGUCAACGGUACGAGCUCGUCUGCUGGCGCAAGCAGCGACCUUGAAGACUCCAGGUCCAGCGUCGGCACCCUCUACACGGCCUUCUUCUCGAGCCACUCCUCGCGCGAGGUGCCGGGGCCCCACAGGAGGCCGCUGCUUGAUUCCCUCUGUGGCGGGAGUCGCACGGGAGGCCCUCACACCGCGAGGCCACGGCCAGCGCUGCCCGCCAGCUGCAAGUCGGCCCAGUCGCAGCGGGAUCUCCUCAACCAGAUGUUCGGCCACCGCCUCACGACCUUCAAGAUCCCGCUGAGAAAGGAGUGCAAGGAGCAGCUAUCGGAAUAACCAGGAGGCUUAUCAACUAUCGCCACGCAGUGUGGCCCUCUCCUGAUAUUGUGCAGCCAUCACCAUCACUGCUGGAUGAAGGCAUCCCCAUGCCAUCACAGUCCAACGCUGCUUCCAUGCAUCUCACUUAUACUCGUGUAGUCGAGUACCAUGAAUUACCAGACCAAAGAAGCCUUUACAUUACUUCUGUCCUGCUAUACCUCUCCAAGAUGUCUAUGUGGCAGAUUGUAUUUUAUACAGACGUGUUUGUUGAUUUUCCUCUGCCGAGGUGAGCGAGGUGGUGACACUGCAGUCAGUGGCCUAGCUGUUGAGUGCACAGGCAGUGCAACUGCACCGGGGGAUUCCCACGGGCCAGAGGGGAGGGCCCAGGCACCAGGCUACGAAGAGGGUGAAGCUGACAAGGGGGAGGGCCCAUUUAAUUCCUUGCAACAGCGCCCAUGGCAACCACGCCGUGCCACUGGUGUCAGUAUUCUGUGUUAUCUCCUGUAUUUAAAUGUUUACAGCUGUAGCGCUGAGCAAUCGCUCUCGGACACAACCACGAUUUGACGGAAACCGCAACCCAAACAACACGAGCAACUCUUAUCCCACCCAUCCCAGCCGGCACAAUGCUGCAUCAUCGAUUAAUAUUGAUUCUGAAGCUCGCAGCGCACAUGUCGAACUGCGGUGGCACAGUGGUUAGCGUGCUGCACUAUAAGCUCGGCCACUUGAGUUCAAUUCCCAGCCCAUGGCUAACAUGAGUGGUAAUAUCUAAAUUGGUCCUGCGUCCCCUCCCCCAACCUUCACCAACCUGUACUGAGCCAGCGCGGUGAGGUAUGGUCAAACAACACCCCCAUUACCGAAAUGGCAUGGGGAGGCCUUAAUUUAGCAGUGGAUUGACAUAGGGGGCUGAACAUUCUUAUUUUACAUGUAAUGGGCUGACGUUACCCACUUCAGCAGCCACGAGUGGCCGUUUAAUUCACCAGGCUGUGUUAUGGGCUGUCACAGACGAGUUUGUGUAGCUUCAUCAUUGAUAAACCAACAAAAAACUCCCUGAAAAGUCACUGUCAGAAGUGCUGCAUUGACGUCACUGUACACACGUGUGUCGACUCAACUCCCAUGGACAUGCGAGCGUUUUACGUCGACAUAAGUGCGACGAUAAGCGCGAUAAUUUAUAUCGCUGUAACUGCCACGUGGGUGCUCUGUCGGCUCUUAGUUACCACCCACAAGGGCAGGCUCAUAUCGACACGGAUGCUAAACAUCGGCACCCGUGCCGAUCUCGCAAGAUAUGAGGUGCUAAGAACCACACAUAUAUAGAAGCCUAUAUAUAGAUGUGCAGAAUAACACUAUAUACAGGGUAUAUAUACACAGCACUAUGAGUGCAGUAUAGACUGCACAUGUGCAGUAUGCUGUAUGACUAUGUAAUGGUGUAAUACAGUACUAUUAGUGCAAUGGAUGUGUAGUAUAUAUAGUCUAUAUACUGUACAUACUAUAAAAAGUGUGCAGAGAAGGCUAUUUACUGAUGGGUAAACAAUUUAAUAUCUACAUUAAUAUAUGUGCUUUUAUGUAUAUGUGCCUUCAUAGGUGCUCGCUAACAGCACUUGCCCCAACAGUCUGUUAAGGCUAUACGGGGGAUCUUUGUCUUUGCUGAGUGCAACCUUGGACACAUUAUGAAGUUAAGACACGGGGAUUAUGCGGCCGUGGUUCUGUGAUCUUUCUUUUUACGCGAAUACGGGACGAGGGUGGCCAGAGAAGCGGCAGGAGCCAAUGGGAAAUGAGUGGCGGCCCCGCUUCACCGCAUGUGGAAUUCGCGCCGGAGAAAAUGUUGGAUCAGGUGAAGUCGACACAAACCCCCACCCCACACGUGAAAAUCUAGCUGCGCCUCUUGGAGAUGGAAACGUAAUUUGACGCCUUAUAUCGAUAUAACCAUGUCACGUGGAAAGUUAAGUCGACAUCGCUCGUGUCGCAUACAUAAGCCGGUGUUAAUCCUGCCCUCAGUGGGGUCACUGCAUCACUGCUGCUGUGACUUCACAGUCCUUUCUCUCGGUAAGAAAGCUUCACACUCACGUGGGAUGGCCCGGGACACUCAGCCCAAACGUGCAGCUACAAGAGAAGAGGUGCUCGUUGUUUUAUUUGGGUCCCGAAUUCCUGUAAGAAUGCGUUACCUGGGAGUGAGGGGAGAGACGGGGGGCGGGAGGGAGGGGUGGGUUUGCUGUGAAAUCUGGACCCAGGUCUCCCCUGUGCCGUGUGGCCCUGGGUGGGGGAUCAUAGCGGACCUCCAUGCCACCACCGCCAGCCCGUGCGCAGCCAAGCCAACUUCGAUUUGAAUACUGUGACAGGUGCACCGGGUGGGGACCGUGCAGCGAUUGUGCGAACGGCUCGCUGGCCCCAGAGACAAGCCCUCUACUCUGAUCCAGCCCUGAACUCCCGACGCUAACCUCGACAGUAUUUCUGAGCCUUGCCCCUAGCCCUGAGCCUAGCCCUAAACCUAACUUUACCCUUAGAGACCUGGGUCUAACCCUGAGUCUAACCUUAUCCCUAACCCUGAGCCUAGAAGCAACGUUAUUGGUUGCCCUGAGCCUAACUCUGAAGAUAACCCCCACACUAAUCCUGAGCCUAGCUCUGAGCCUAACCUUACCCCUAAGCACGAUCUUCACCCUUACCCUAACCCCGCUAUACACCCUACAGGUGACCCCCUAAGCUUUGCUCUCACAUGAAGCCUUGAACACACGCAUAAUUUCUUACCCAAACCCUGAUCCCGAGUCUAACUCGAACCCUGAAAGUUUGCUGCCGCCAUGUGCAAGUGCUGCAUCUCAUCGUUCGUCAUUGUCUGUGUUGAUGUUUUAGUGUUGUGUGGUGGGGGACAGAGGGAGGGGGUCAUACCUGCCCCCCCAGGUUCGUUCCCCAGAGUUUAAUGUCUGACUAAAUAUGUUACGGGUCACUGGUAGAUUCGACGAGGUGCCACGUGACUAGUAGCCACAGCCAUAGCGAGAGGAGGUAUACUGGAUGUGGUGUGCCAGAUGCAGAAAUAUGGUGUUACCCUCCACUCCUCCUCAACUACUCCUCGAUCACCACCACAAUACUUGCUGUAUACCUGCUUGCCUCUCGUCAGUACACAAGUACAAGCACAUGUGUGCUUACAGACACGCACGUACACGUUGUGUGUAUAAAUAAGGUGCUUGCAUUGAGGGGGGUUGGUGGGCCACGUGAGGACGGGAGUCCUUGACUGGCCCGCGACCGCCCUCCUUCCACUCGCAGUGGACCAAACCCCAUGGUGCUAUCAACUGACACAGGUGUGUUACC